UCACAAUAGUCAUUAUUUGCCAAUUUUUCCCUCGUCCAGACACGUGUUAAAGCUCAACGGAAAAAUGAGUAAAAGUAAAGUUAAAUAUUCAUCAAGCAAGGAAUACAUUGAUGAAAGUAGGAAUGAACUCGUGCUGACAGAAUUCGAAGUUCUUAAUGCUGAAGCCACAGACUUCCCAGGAAAUCAUCAUGGGUUUGACGACAGUUGGAGUUUUGAAAAGUUCAAAAAGAGGCUCAAAAUUAACAUUGUCCGCAUGGAAAAUAUGGAAAUGGAGUUUGAUUUGAUUGGUGUUGAUCCAGCCAUACCAAAUGCUUUUCGUCGUAUUUUGCUGUCUGAUAUUCCCACCAUGGCCUUCGACAAAGUCUUCAUGUUCAACAAUACCUCAAUCAUCCAAGAUGAAGUCUUGGCCCACAGACUGGGACUGAUACCAUUGAAAGCUGACCCAAGAUUGUUUGAAUUCAGAGCUGAAGAUGAUGAUACUGGGACUCCUGAAGAUACACUUGAAUUUGAGUUAAAAGUGAAAUGUUCGUGGAAUCCUCAAAGGACUAAAGAUCAUACAAAUCCUGAACACUUGUACAGGGAUUUCAGAGUUUUGACAUCUCAUUUGAAAUGGAUUCCACUGGGUGGCCAAAAAGAUAUCUUUACCCCUGAUGCAGUUGGACCAGUUGACGAUAACAUUCUAAUCGCAAAAAUGAGACCUGGUCACGAACUUGACAUCAAAUUGCACGCAAUGAAAGGGACCGGACGAGAACAUGCAAAAUUCUCACCCGUUGCUACCGCAUUUUACCGUCUCCUACCACAAGUGAAACUUCUUAAGGAAGUGGAAGGUGAAGCUGCCCAAAGAUUACAAAAGUGCUUUUCCCCUGGGGUUAUUGAUUUGGUCGACUCAGGUGAAAAGAAGGUUGCCAAAGUCAACGAUGCCCGAUAUGACAUCUGCAGCCGCAACGUAUUCCGUCACGAAGAUCUAAAAGAGGACACUGUAAAGCUGACCCGAGCACGCGACCAUUUCAUCUUUUACAUCGAGUCUACUGGAGCACUGGCGCCGGAGGUCCUCUUCACUGAAGCCGCCAAGAUCCUGUCACAAAAAUGCCGUGUAUUUUUGGAUGAAUUGAAGAAUGGACUGUAGGAAUGUUAUCACCCAGGAUUCCAGCCGAGUGACCCAGAACUGCAUUUAGAAACCGAAACCGGAGCUUUUCAAACGGAAGGAAGGGAAGACUUAUUUAAAAAAUUUGAGGGGUGGAGGCGAGCAACUAAUUCUUCCUGGUUUUACGGAAGGAUACCUAUCCUUUUUCAUAUGUUCCUUUCCAUCGCUAUUUUUAUUUGCCUUCUGCAACAAUGGCUUCUGUUUGUUUCGCUACUGGUUUUACGAAACGUUGGCGCUAGACUUGCUAGAUAAGCUGUAGUAGCCUCUUAUUGACCUUGGAUCCUAAGGUUUUGAUUGUUUUGGAUGUGAACCGAGAUGUUCCUCCUUCUAAUGUUCUUCUUCCUUCCUUCUCACAUUUUGUUUACACCGCCAAUUCGUUUUAGCCCAUUGUGGAAUAUGCGUAGGUGGUGCCAAGAAAGUCUAGGCAGAUGAGAUGAAGGAAAUGGGAAGAAGAACAAGAAGUGUAUUCUGUUUUGUUUUUUAUCUCCUCUCCCUUUCUCUUUCCCUUCUUCUUCUUCCUAUUUUCUUUUCUCUCUUUCUCUUAAGUCUAUUUCUCAUUGACCGUGGCAUCUAAAUUUAGUGCUCGUGGAAGCUUGUGGAAGCUUGCGAGCUUGUGGAAGAGUUUUGUUUCGGACGUAGAGCACUCGGGUCGCUUUCCAUCUCCACGUUCACUACAAGUACAGUCGACGACGCACUCUGCUUGGUGGCCGGACGAAAGAAAAACCGUCUCCCUCAAUCAAAAGACCCCUUUCCCCCAUCUGGGCCGAUCGUGAAGUUGUUAAUUAGGGAGAUCUUUUUUCUCAUUUGGACUUGGCUGGACAA